CUCAGGGGUAUAUAAGAGGCGCGCGGCUCGUUCCUGCGUCUCUGGAGUUCUGAAGGCGUUAGAGACGCACACACGCCAUUUCAUCCGCCCGCUACUACUGCGACAUCACAGCUCAGAAUGUCUGACGAAGGAAAGCUGUUUAUCGGCGGGUUGAGUUUCGACACCACCGAACAGUCGCUAGAAGACGCCUUCUCCAAAUAUGGCGUCAUCACCAACGUGCAUGUGGCCCGAAACAGAGAAACCAACAAAUCCCGAGGAUUCGGCUUUGUGACUUUUGAGAAUCCAGAUGAUGCGAAGGAUGCGCUGGAAGGAAUGAAUGGAAAGUCGGUGGAUGGGCGUACGAUCCGCGUGGACGAGGCCGGGAAGGGUGGCGGCGGAGGAGGAGGCCGGUCCGGUGGAGGAUCAUACAGAGGAGGAGGAGGGGGAAGAGGAGGUGGGGGUUUCUUCAGGGGAGGCCGAGGAAGAGGAGGUUCGAGAGGCGGUGGGGGAUACGGCGGUGGAGACCGCGGUUACGGCAGCAGCGACCGUAGUUACGGCGGAGACCGAAGCUACAGCGGCGGCUACAAGAGUGGAGGCGGCGGUGGAGGAGGAUACUCCUCUGGGGGGGGUGGUGGAGGAGGCUACAACAGGGACAGGAGUUCCAGUUACGGCGAUCGAGGCGGCUCUUACAGAGAUAGCUAUGAUAGCUAUGCUGUACAAGAGUAAAACCCAAGACCCGACACGACACUGGCCGAGCGUUUCUAAAGACUCAUGGAUCUAUUCUUGGAUUUUGUUUUGUAGCUGUUCUCCCUGUUUCUGUUCUGUUCUUGUACUUUAAGAAAAGGCCGUUUCUGUUCAUCAAGCCGUGAACGAAUGAAUGUUCACGUUUCACGAAGAGCGCCGACUGGUUCCUCCACCUUUAAACGUUAUAUUUGACCAAUGUCCACUGUCCCUGUGGGUCCCUGUGCUUCACGGGGAGUAAGAGUGUGUUUGCUCAACGAAGCCUCUGUUUAUUCCAUUACUGUUCCAGUAGAUCUAGUCUCUCAUUAAGAGAACGGCUCCUUUUGUUACUUUGCUAAGCCAGGCAUUGAUUUGUCCAUGUCCAGUUUCCAAAAAGUGAAUUCCUUUCCGCCUGGUGGCCGUCGCUGCUGUUCUCGAGGGUCUGUGUCUCUGCUCGACGCCUGCAUUUUAAUCAUGGACUCUUGACUAAUAUAUAUAUCGCAUAUUUACUUGAAAAGAGAACCAGAAAUUGUUAACAGUACACUCCAGAACUGGGAAAAAAUCCUUGUGCUCUUUGUUUUUUCUUUGUAUCAGAAUUUGACUCACUAUUUUGUUUUUAUUCUUUUUUUUUGUUUGUUGCUCUUCAAUUGUGGCUUCAUGGAGCCUAUUAAACGAAACGAUUUGUUCAAA